CUCCGGCCGCUGGUGAAGACGCUGCGCGAUUUGGAGACCUUCUAUGACGUGUUGGGCGGCGUGAUCGGGUACCAGUUCGCGGCGCUGGAGCUGAUCCACGAGCAGUUUGGGGGGCCGCCGCCGAGCACGCGCGCGAGGGCGUGCCUGAACGAGACGCUUCACGUCCCGGUCGGCCCGGAUCUGCGCGACGGCGGCGGCGAGUUCGCCGCGAGAGCCGCGGCGUGGGGACUGGAGGAGCUGCCGAAGAUGGCGGAGGUGUACCCGCUCGGCGGCGCCGGCGACCGCCUCGGUCUCUGCGACCCGUCGCUCCCCGCGGCGUUGCUUCGGUACAACGGCAGGACGCUCGUGGAAGGGCUGCUGCGCGACCUCACCGCGAGGGAGUGGCUGUAUUACAAGGUGCACGGCGGCGAGCGACACGUCACGCCGGUGGCGGUGAUGACGUCGGCGGCGAAGGGCAACCACCGACGCAUAGAGCAGCUCAUCCGAGACAACGACUGGUUCGGGCGCGGCGAGACCGGGCUGUUCGAACAGCCGCUCGUGCCCGUGGUGACGACGAAGGGCGGCGAGUGGGUUCCGCUCGAGGGCCAGGCGGCGUUCGCGAUCUCGCUCAAGCCCGGCGGCCACGGCGCGAUUUGGAAGCUGAUGCACGACCAGGGCGUCUUCACGUGGCUCGGCGCCAAGGGAAGGAAGGGCGCGGUGGUGCGGCAGAUCACGAACCCGAUGGCGGGCACGGACACCACGCUCCUCGCGCUGUCCGGCGUGGGAAGGAGAGGCGACAAGGCGUUGGGCUUCGCGUCGUGCGAGCGGCAUUUGGGCGCGAGCGAAGGCGUCAACGUGCUCGUGGAGCGCGUCAACGAAGACGACGACGACGACGACGCCUCGCGCAGCUACAGCUACGGGAUAUCCAACGUGGAGUACACGGUGUUGCAGCAGCGGGGGAUAUCGGACGAGCCCGUGGCGCCCGGCAGCAGCGAGAGCGCGUACCCGGCGAACACGAACGUGCUGUACAUCGGGUUGGAGAAGAUUCGCGACGCGUUGCGUUCCUCGCCGCGCGGCGCGUUUCCGGGACUCCUCGUCAACUUGUCGAAGCCCGCGCAUCCGAACGGGUGCAAGGGGGGGCGACUGGAGACGUCCAUGCAGAACAUCGCGGACGCGCUGAUGCACACGACAACGCCCGGCGACGGACCGUUACCUAUGGACCAGUGGGAAAACCUCCCGACGUUUGUGCUGUACACGCUGCGGCGGCGAAUCACGAGCAGCGCGAAGAAGAAGCGCGACCCGGCUAAUCCGAACCUCGCGCAGACGCCGGAGGGGUCGUUUCUCGACCUCCUCAAAAACGCGUCGGACCUUCUCGCGCGGUGCGACGUCGCGCAUCCGGACCCGGACGCGAUGGACGUGGCGGCGUACUUGGAGGACGGCCCGAGCUUCAUCUUCUCCGCGAACCCGGCGAUCGGCCCGCUGUGGGACGUGACGUCGCAGAAGAUUCGCGGCGGCGCGCUUCGCGAACGCGCGGAGGUGCGUCUGGAGAUUGCGGAGAUCGAGUGGAAAGACGUCGACGUGGACGGGAGCUUGCUGAUCACCGCGGACGCGCCGUUCGGCGAGGAGAAAGUCGACGACGACGCCGGAGCCGCGCGCGGUAAACCGACGUCGUUCGACGACGACGCGUGCGGGCGAUGCCGGCUGCGCGGCGUCGCGGUUCGCAACGCGGGCGUGGACUGGUCCGCUCCGGACGACGAGGCGUGGAGCGCGACGCUGACGCGAUCCGAGUCGUGCGUCGUGCGCCUGCGCGGGAACGCGGAGUUCGACGCGAGGGACGUGACGCUGUCCGGGGACGUGAUGUACGACGUCCCCGCGGGCUGGCGCCUAUCUCUGCGCCCCGACACUGAUGAGAGAGGCGGCGAGAGCCUCGGCGCGGUGCGGGAGGAGUGGACGGAUCUUAGCGCCGCCGGCGGAGGGCCGACGUGGCGAUGGGCGUACGACGUCAGCGACGGCGGGAGGGUGGGGCUGCGUUUGGAGGAGAGACUCGACGUGGGGUCGCACGGGGACAGCCGCGAGGCGGCUGAAGCGGCGGUGGGGAAGAGCAGGAAGAGUAGGAAGAGUAUGGAGGAAGCACAGGACGGGGAACUGCGCGGGAACUCGGCGGUGUCGAGAGGGGGGGAAAGCGGCGGGGGCGGCGCCGCGCCGAGGAAGAGCAAAGGCGGCGCCACCCCGGAGAAGAGACGCGCCCCCGCGAGAUGA